AUGUUAGUGCAUAGCAAUUACAUACCAAAAAUCGAUCUUGUUUAUGAACAAUUUUCAGAUUUCAACGAAGCUGAGUUUCAGCUUCCAAUGUUACAGAAAGGUUUCAGUGCAGAACUUCCAAAGCUUUUGGCCGAGAUUUCUGAAAUCCUCACUGAAGUCAAGGCUCAUCAAGAGCCAAUUCCAGUUCCAGUCGUCCCAAUAGAAAACCUAUGCAGAGUCUGCUACUGUGAAGAACAAGACCCACUUACACUAGAAUGCACCCACAAGUUUUGCAAAGCUUGUGUCAUUGCAAUCAUCACAAAUAACCUAAAUUCAUCCGUUUUGGAAAAUAAAUGCCCAGACUGCAAUAUCGAUUUAAAAGAAGAUUUUGUCUUGUCACUAUUAGCAGAAGAAGAAAUUGCACGAUACAACAAAUUUAAGCAAAGAAAAAUCGGUCUUGACCUUGUCAGCCAGAAUUUGGCUGUUUGGUGUGUUAAGCCAGACUGCGUAGGUUUUGCACACAUUAUUGAAAAUGUGCCUAAUGGGGCUUGUAAUGCUUGCAAGAGAGUUUUUUGCUUAAAAUGCAAAGGUGAUGUUCAUCCUGGCGUCGAAUGUGAAAACCAUGAAAAAGAUAAUGAGCUUCAAGAUGUGCUUGGCAGCAUGGAAUGGAAACAGUGCCCAUGCUGUGGUGUCCCUGUUGAGAGAAUUGAUGGCUGCAACUUUAUUCCAUGCGAAUCUCCAAUGUGCCAAGGCCAAUUUCCGUUUUGUUAUCAGUGUGGUAAGAUUUUAUGCGAAGAUUUGCACUGGAAUCACUAUAAGACUGAGGGUCCUUUUGGAAAUACUUGCAAUACUCUUCAGGGUAUUCCUGACCCUUAUGUUCCUUACAACCACUGGCCACAUUAUAAUGAUGCAAGACAUAAGCAUUUAAUUAAAAGACCAGGUGUAGAAGGCGACGUAGAUAUUGAGCCUUUUAAUCCAGACUGGUUCAAAGAAGAAGGAGAAGAUCUUGUUCAGCCAGAGCCAGCUCAAGUUCCGCAGCAAGUUCCACAGCAAGUUCCACAGCAAGCUCCACAAGCUGCACCUCAAAGAGUUAACAGACCUCGACCUAGAGUUAACCAUGUACAUAAUCACAAUCCUGAGGUGUUCUAUGUUCCAAAUAUGUUUGCUGAAGAAGGGGAUGAAAUUCUUGCUGAAAAUGAGGAAGCUCAUGAAGAAGUAUUUUUCGCAAACUUAUUUGAUGCUAACGAAGAAGAUGCUAAUGAAGAGGAAAAUAGGUUGGAAGAAGUAAGAAUUGAAAAUCCAGCACAGGAGGAAGUUGAUGAUUUUGGCUUUGAUUUAUUCGGUUAA